ACAUUACCCCACUUUCUCUCUCUUCUUCAAGAAAACUGCUUUUCAUACCCCUUUUGAUUUUUUUUGAAGAACUUCUCUUUUUUGAAUCCUAAAUCAAAUGCUCCAACAACAAAAUACCAUUUGACAAUACAAUAAAGAAGCAAACUUUGAACAAAAAAACACCAAAAAAACCAUUUUCUUCAAUUAUAUUUCUGAAGAUUGUGUUUUUCUGUCCUUUUGUCUUAUUAAUUUCUUCACUUACCCAGAAAUUGUGACACUCCUUUACCCAUUUCUUCUCAGAUCGAGUUUGUUAAUGGGGCUAUAAUUUUAAGAGGUUGCAUUCUUGUUUUUAGUCCGGGGCAAGGUGAUUCCCGACACGUAAAGAGUGGUGAGAAUCGAACCCCUAUCACAAGGACAAAAGUCGAUGAUGGACGCUGAUACUGAUAUACACUCUAGUAAUGUCGGGGUUGCUGAUCAGAAUGGUCUUCAAUAUGAUCAUUACAGCUCGGGGGAUGAAAAUGUUGCAGUAGAGAUCCAUGGCAGUCCUGACAGCACUUUGGUGGGUGUUAGUCAUGGUGGUGAAAUAAUUGGCAAUGGAAUGGUGAAUCCUUUGAAUCAAGAAACGGAAGAACUUACUGAUGUACAUGUGGAAAACAGUGGUCCUCCAGCUUCUGAGGGAUUGGAAGCCACAGAAACUACUGCUGUGAAGGAACCCAAGCCACAGAGUAGUCAAGUUAAGGGGAAAAGUGAGAAGCCUUCAAAUGCAAAACAUGAUCUUGUGACAUCAACUAAGAAGAACAUUAGUAAUAUAAAAGUAAAGGUUACUUCUAAUGGUACUUUAUCUGAUCUUGCAUGUACAGAACAGCCUAUUGUAAAGGCUAGAUCUUUUAAUGAUCGUCAAGCUUCUCAUAGUAAUCCAAGCAAGACGACAAAGCCCGUGAAAAGCAACCCUCAAAAGGCUAAGCAGCCGCUGAUAUCGGAAACGAUGUCUGUGCAUUCUGAAGGCACCGUGGAGAAGCCAAAAUUGAAGCCUUUGAGGAAAGAAACUACAUCCAAAUCUGAAACAAACGAAGAACUUGUAGAAAGUCCCUCUGCAUCAGAUGGUAAGUCUCACCGAGUGGGUAAACUUCCAUCUUAUGGUUUCAAUUUUAGGUGUCAUGAGCGGGCUGAAAAGAGAAAAGAGUUUUAUACCAAACUUGAGGAAAAAAUACACGCACAAGAAGUGGAAAAAAGUACCAUCCAAGCAAAGUCCAAGGAAACUCAAGAGGCUGAGAUUAAGAUGUUUCGGAAAAGUUUGAACUUUAAAGCAACACCAAUGCCUAGCUUUUACCAAGAACCUGCACCUGCUAAAGAGCUAAAGAAGAUACCGACUACACGUCCCAGAUCACCGAAGCUUGGCAGAAAAAAGAACUCAUCGUCAGUCGAAGGCGAAGGAGAUGGUGAUCAAAUCCAUCGACCCGGAAGAUUAAGUCUGGAUGCAAAGGCGGUCGCACAAACCACACCCAGCAAAGGACCUUCACCUGUCCAGCCGAAGCGGCCUCAAAGGAAGUCCCUUCCUAGAUUGCCAUCCGAGAAAACACGUCUAUCGAAAAACGCUAAAGUGCAGGAUAACACAAUGAACGGAUCUCCACCUAUAGCACGCAUUGACGAAGAGGGUCCUUCCUCUAACCCAGAAUCUGUGCCUAUCGCCCAUGUCGAAGACAAAGAUUCUCUCUCUAAUCCCGCUUACAUUGCUCCAAUUGCUCAUGCCGAGGAGGAAGUUUCAACAUCUGAACACAAUGGAACUCAUGUUAGAUUCGAAACUGAGGCUAUCGGGGAAGAGCAAGCUCACGCCCAACUGCCAACAAUCAAGCAAGACUUGUAUUAAGAACAUCAGCAAGAUCCUGGGUUUAAUCGGAUUCGUUUGCCUCCACAAAGUGGUUGUUUCGUAAGAACACGAAUGUGAAGUCGUGUAGCAGUUUGUUCAUAGUUUGGGUGAGGUUCGGUUAUUCGUGUUUUUCAAGACUUUCCCGUCGAAUCGCUUAAAUAGUCUGCAUUUGCACUUUGUUUGGGUUGUCAUAUUACAAUUAUAAGUUGCUUCUUUUUAAUGGUCUGCCAUUGAAGUAUGGUUGUGGGUAAAUUUUGUGUUUUUUCUCAGUACACUAGUUGUAGUUAAUGAUACAUAUAAUGUAGUUUAUGGGGGGAUGAGUAUGACUAAAUUGAAAAAUAUGGUUGUAGUUUGCAUUUGGAUUUUUGAACAAUGUUUUCUUUUUUUUUUUAUAUAUAUAUUUAAAAUGUU